AUACUUGAAGAAGACAGGAGAAAGGAAGAAGAAGAGAAAGAGGAAAGGCGUAGAAGAGAAGACGAAGAAAGAGAAACCAGGCGGCAAGAACACGACCUGAGAAAAUUAGAGCUGGAAGCGGAACUGUUGAAGCAGAGAGAAGCUAUUGAAGCUGCUAAGAGAGAACAUGAACUGGAGCUCGCUCAUCUAGGACAAGGCCGUAACGAUACCGAACGUCCUGAAGUGAGAGAGGAUAGGGCCAAGGCACCCAAGCUUCCCUCAUUUGUUGAUGGCAAGGAUGACUUGGAUGCCUACCUGCAACGAUUUGAGAGGUUCGCAACUAUAGCUAAAUGGGAGAAGACAGGAUGGGCUUCGAAACUUAGUGCUCUUUUGUCUGGGCGUGCUCUAGAGGUUUACUCACGAUUAUCUGAGGAGGCAGCC